AUGCCUGGCUGCAAAAGACCAACAGUUAUCAAAACCGAUAUCGCCAGCAACACUGGGACUGCAGUUGCUGCUAAGGGCUUUCGACCCUCGUCAUCAAACAGACCAACUAGUCGUGCCCGUGGCGUCAACUCUUCUCUUUAUAACUUGCCCUUGAUGACACCCGCCCCUCCACCACGAAUCCGCACUGAGGAAAAUAGUCCAGCCCCAGAACUCUUCGCUCUUGUUGAAUCAGCCAUCGAACGUCGUAGUCCCCCUAGUCGACCACCUCACGCUUCACAGAAGGGAGAGGCACAAGAGGAAAUGAAAGCCACAACGAAAACCGGCACGAUCAAAGAAAGAAGAAAGACGACGAAAAAGCAGAAGAUAGACGGAUACAGCUUGGGUGAACCCGGUUUCGCGAAGUACAUGGAAGACCUGCUUGAACGCCGCAGUAACCCUCCACCUACAAUAGGGCCCGAGAAAUAUUCGAGCAAACCGCCUCCAGACAUAUAUGCCAACGCGGACGAAUGCAAUAAAAUGCUCUGGGACUGGAAGCUCCAGGUCCGAUUUGUCAAGUUGAAGGAACAUUUUGCCGUCACUGGAGAACUCGAAUUCCCGCCCGGUUGGCUCGAAAGAUGGCCAGGGGACAUGAAAUACAAGAUCACCUCGGAUAGAAAGAAGAAGAAGAACAGAUUGAUCAACGCGAGGACGGAAGCGCUGGAGGAGAUUGACGACCUGCUGUCGCAGACCGUCAAGAGAACCUACAGAGAUUACGGAGAGAAGGUUUCCCGCCGUAGAUUAAAGGCACGAUGGGAAAGAAUUGCAGGCAGUGUGAAGCCAGACAAGGACGUUGAGAAGAAGCAGCGAGAUGAGGGAGGGAGGGGGGGAGGGACGCGUACAAAAAGAACAAGCAUGUCGAAAGCGGCGUCAUGA